UGGCGGCGCCCGGUCUAUUUCGUGCGAACUACAGUGUAGUGCCACGGCCGCUGGAUACAGUUAGAGUGUACUACAGUGUACUAGAAUGUGCGAACAAUGCGAACGCAGUCAAAGCGCCCGCGGUCGCGUUGUAGUUCGUAUUGUUGUUGAAUUCCUCCCGACAUAAAACGAGCAUCGCAACAAGGAGCACUCAGGGUUCACAGAAUGGAUACCGACGUGUGUCCAUCGUGCGGCGCUUCUGCGGUGGCCGAAGAAAGCGGCGAUGGAUUCUCGCGAGUGUGCACUGCCUGCGGAGUCGUCUUGGACACUGCCCCACUGCAAGCGACAGGGUUCACUGGCGGUGAUGAUGCCCUCCGCUUUGUGUCUUCAACAAGCAGGGACACCAUGUCCCUUCUUCGAAGAGACGAGAGGGGAGGAGCCCGGUUCCAGUGCCUGUUGAGCGGCGGAGUAACCGGGAACCGGCGCCUCUGCCAUGACUGGAUCAAGCAGGUCGGCGUCAAAGUGAAGAUGGACUCUGUGAUGGUGCAGCAGGCCUGCGACAUUUUUGACCGACACUUAGUCAAGAAGCCAUUGAACUACCAGAUGGCCAUCGCCGCUGCCAGCUGUUAUGAGGUGCUGCGGGACAAUGGUCGAUCCAUAUCGCUUCCCGCCUUAGCCAAGAUGGCCCAGUGCACGGGCCCACAUCUAUUCCAAGCCAUUCGUGCAAUCAGCGAGGACAUGGGCAAGGGAACAAUGCCAGCCAUGCUUCAGGAGCUGCUGCCUGAAGCAGCGCAGUCGAUCGACCCCUCCGAACGGUCAGAAGUGUUGUCGCGCGCCACUGCCCUGUUGGAGCCGCUGAGGCGCUGCUGGUUCCUGGAGGGGCGGGCACCGCGCUGUGUCGGGCCUGCGCUCGUCUUUGUCGCCUGGAAGUCGCUCAACGUCCCCCAGCGGAAAAUUUCGAUGGCGAGCUUCUGCGACAUGCACGGUUUGGGCAAGCCCAACAGCUCGCUCCUGGCUACCAACACCGACCUGAACAAGGUACUCAUACAAUUGGCCAGUCAGAUUCCGUGGAUCAAAGGUCAGAAGCUCACCAGCCGUAACGUGCUGGUGUACGUGCCGGACAUAAUUCGCUACUCGGCGUCGCUGGUGGUGGAUGCCACCAGCAGCGCAACGGGCACGAACGUCGUUGAACAGACAGCGGACCAGCGAUCAGCGGCCAUCUACGCGACAUUCCGGAAGGGGAGGAAAAGGCCCAGGACGGUGGAGUACGCCAGCAACGCAGACGUGCCAGACUGCGAUGGCAACAGAUACAUCUCGGACUCUGAAAUUGACCACCUCAUCCGGGAUGAGGAAGAAGUGAAAGUAGUGAAGGCGUUUCUUGAAUCUCGGAAACGAAAGGAAGAAGAGGCAGAGUAGGACUGAUUUGGUGUAUUUGUGAUAUGGCGAUGAGGAUUGACAUGGUGUAAAUGGCGAUAUGGUGUGUUUGCAGCAGUUGCGAACUGUUACGAAGUGUUUAUGGCGUAUGAGGAACAAAGAGAACGCUAGUUGGAAUUGUUUUUAGGAACGUUUUUUAGUCUCAUUUGACACAUUUCUGAAAGCAAAUGACUAGGGGUGGGUGAAUAGUAAACUUGAGGUUCGAAGCGAAUAGUGAUUUAGUUGAAUAAUUUCAAAUAGAAUAGUUCGAA